AUGGUGCAGGAUUAUGAAGUGAUCCGGAAUUUGUGGGAUGGUCGCGUGCCAGUGCAGUUUGUUCUGGACAAACUCGAAUUCUACCACUGUUCUGCAAAACCGUUUUGUAUAAUGAUCUCAAGAAUGAGUUAUUUCCCUUUGGUGCUACCACAAGUGCUGCAGUAUUUUAAUUCGGUCGUUGACCAAUUCGAUACGGAAACCGUUUGGCUGCAGUACAAUGGGAAGCCACUGAAAUGGCACUACCCUGUAGGCGUUUUAUUCGAUUUGUUGAAAAAGGAUGACUUUUUGCCAUGGACAGUGACCUUGAAAACAAAGGAUUUUCCCAAAGAAGUUAUGCGAUGUAAGGGGGAUAGCCUGGAGAGCUCAUUUAUUCAGUCAAUAAAGGAGGCCGAUCAACUGAAACAUAAAGCGAAAGUUAUGAAUUCAAUGAAAAUUGAUGAACACAGACAGCUUUGGAACAGUCUAGUGCACGAUAAAUUUGACGAAUUUUGGGCCGUAAACAAACAGCUGAUGGAAGCGAAUGUUAGUGGGCCAAUGUACCAUAUUCCAGUUCGUAUUUAUCAGGCCGAUUGUCCGUUUCGGCAGCCGUGUAUAACUCCUUAUGACGAAUCAGAGCAACCGCGAACUGUUGCUGAUGCACUGAAAGCCGUAAACAUUGAAAGAGCUGAGGAAGUUGUUUCUCAUGGUAUUAGGAUACCUGUAACGACGCCACUUAUUUGGAUGGCGCAAAAUCUUUCAUAUCUCGACAAUUUUAUUCAUAUUAUCGUACCUCCAAGUUGA